AGAGCCAGGCAUCUGCAUCUACUCCACAAUUGGGGUUGGAAGUAGAAGUUGAAACUGAAAUUGAUGUUGGUGAGUUGGGGAACCAGUUUGUAGAAGUGGAUGUUGAUUUAGAUGAUGAUGGUUAUGAUGAGGUACAUAAGGAGGGAGAUAAUGAGGCAGAUGACAGUGAAGAUGAUGAGGCUGAAGAUGAUGAUAGUGUAGAAGAGGCUGAAGAUGAUGAUAGUGUAGAAGAGGCUGAAGAUGAUGACAGUGAGACAGACAUUGAGUUGAUUGACUCCGAGUUUGAGCAGUCAGAUGAAGAAGGGUUGAAGAGAGUCUUGGAAGAGGAUGAUAACUUGUUUGAUAAACAUGUAGUUGAUGAAGAAAAUGAUGAAUACAAUGAAGAACCUGGGGAGGUUGACAGUGAAGACUACAAUACCGACGAUCUUGUAAGUCUUGAUGAAGAAUCUGAUGAGGGUGAAGGUGUGAAAAACCGUAGCCGCAGAAGAAAAGCUCCUAGAUUUAAGCAGUUUAGAAGAGAAUCUGAUUUGCUGAAGCCAACAUUUCAUUUGGGAAUGGAAUUUACCAACAUGGAGCAGUGUAGGGAAGCAAUAAGGUAUUAUGCAGUUUCAUGUGCAAGGCCAUUGAAGUGGGUGACGAAUGAUUCGAAUAGGGUGAGGCUGAAAUGUGAAGGAGAUAAAAAACAAAAGGUUCCAUGUCCUUGGAUGCUAUAUGCUUCUCAUGUGGGGAAAGGUCCAAGUACAAGGAUUAAGACAUAUGUUCCAAGGCAUACAUGUGGAAGGAGGCAAAGAACCAAGUAUGCCACUUCAUCAUGGCUGUCUAAGAGGUUUGAUGAGGAGUUAAGAGAUAAUCCCAAAAUGAAAGUGACAGAUUUCAUGAAGUUAAUAAGGAAACAUUAUGCCAUAGAUGUAACUGAGGCUCAAGUUUAUAAAGCCAAGAGUUUUGCAAAAAAGAGAAUUCAAGGCAGUAUUGAAGAGCAAUAUGGUAAGUUGUGGGAUUAUUGUGAAGAGUUAAAGAGCAAUAACCCUGGAAGUACUGUUAUUGUGAAAACUGAAUUGCAAGGUGAGAAUCCUAUUUUCAAGAGGAUUUAUGUAUGUUUUGGAGCACUUAAAAAGGGAUUUGUGGAAGGAUGUAGACAAGUGGUGGGUUUUGAUGGGUGCCAUGUUAAGGGGUCUCAUCUAGGGCAGAUUCUAAGUGCAGUUGGGAUUGAUGGAAAUAAUGGGAUGUAUCCAAUUGCUUUUGCGGUUGUUGAAGUUGAAAAUACAGAGACUUGGGGUUGGUUCUUUGACAUAUUCUUUCAAGAUGUAGGUAUUGAAAAUGGCAAUGGAUGGGUUUUCAUUACUGAUAAGCAAAAGGGUUUGGGGAAUGCCCUUCAUGCUUUGAUGCCCAAUGCUGAGCACAGGCAUUGUGUGAGGCACUUGCACAAUAAUUUCAAGCUUGCAGGCCAUACUGGUGCAGCUUUCAAGCAGAGGUUGUGGGCAGCAGCUAGGGCAACAACAAUACCUGUAUUUGAAGCUGAAAUGGAGCAGAUGUUGGGUCAAUCUCAGGCAGCUUAUAAGUGGCUUCAGGAGAGAGCAGCUGCUCAUUGGAGUAGAUCACACUUUAGUACAGUCCCAAAGUGUGAUAUACUUCUAAACAACUUGUGUGAGUGUUUUAAUGCUGCAAUUCUAGAAGCAAGAGAUAAGCCCAUUGUUACUCUUUUGGAGAGAAUUAGAACCUACUUGAUGCUUAGAAUGGCUAGACUUAGAGAGACAGUGUGGCCCCAUGAGGUUGGUCCAAGAAUAUUUGGUAUUGUGGAGAAGAAUUCAAUUGAAAGUGGCCACUGCAUAGCUUUGUAUGCUGGUGGGGGGAAGUAUCAAGUUAAUAGCAUGUUGGGAGCUAUGUUUGUUGUGGAUUUAGAAAGGCAUACAUGUACCUGCAGAAAAUGGGACUUAAGUGGAAUUCCUUGUCCACAUGCCUUGGCUUCAAUAGCAAAGAGUGAGCACAGCCCUCUGGAUUUUGUGCAUGCACUUUACAAAAGGCCGGCAUAUGAUAGGGCUUAUGAGGGCUAUAUAUCUCCAAUGCCUAGUCAAGCAUAUUGGAGAAAAAUAGGGCAUGUACCUAUCAAGCCACCUGUUUAUCGCAUCCAACCAGGAAGGCCCAAACUUAGCAGAAAUAGAGAAGCUGAUGAAAUACCAAAAGGGGCAACAAAACUUAAAAGGUAUGGCAUUGUAAUCACGUGCCGCAACUGUGGACAAGAAGGUCACAAUUUUGCUGGCUGUCCCCAACUUCGACAGGGGCAACCUAGAGGUAGAGCAAGAUGCGGUAGAAGGGGAAGAGGAGCUGUGAGGGGAAGAGGUGCAAGGGGAAAAGGAGCUGCAACUGCUAAUGGAGAUGUUGAUACUACAAGUGUCAAUGCAAGUGGAACAACUGCAAGUGGAACAACAACUGUCAGAGGUGUUAAGAGAGGCAGAGGUGUUGUCGGUGAACAACAACAAACUCAGGCCAGACCAAAGUUUAAUGUAAGUACUUGGAUUAUUGUGGUGUGCUUUGAAUCAAUCAUUGCAUUAUUGAAGGCUUAA